AUGAAUCAAACAAAACGGAGCCCAGAGGGUUUAGGAAACUAGGGUUUUGCCACCUUUCAGAAGAAAAAAACCAGAAUCACAAACAAAUCAAACAGCUAACUCCACUCUCUCCGAAGCUCGCUCUGUGAUUUCUGAAGAUGGGAAGCAGCCAAGCAGCCGUGUCCUUCCUCACAAACCUUGCCCGAGCAGCCUUCGGCUUCGGUGUGGGCGCAACCAUCCUCAAUUCUUCCCUCUACACUGUCGACGGUGGCCAACGAGCCGUCCUCUUCGAUCGUUUCCGGGGAGUUCUCGACGAGACCAUUGGAGAAGGUACCCACUUCUUAAUCCCCUGGCUCCAGAAACCCUACAUCUUCGACAUCCGAACUCGUCCUCACACCUUCUCCUCCGUCUCCGGCACAAAGGACCUUCAAAUGGUGAACCUCACACUCCGGGUCCUCUCCCGCCCUGAAGUCCCUCGCCUACCCACUAUCUUCAAAACCCUCGGUCUCGAGUACGACGAAAAGGUCCUUCCUUCAAUCGGCAACGAAGUCCUCAAAGCGGUCGUCGCCCAAUUUAACGCCGAUCAGCUCCUCACUGAACGUCCCCACGUUUCUGCCCUCGUCCGCGAGAGCUUGAUUCAUCGCGCCAGGGACUUCAACAUUGUUCUUGAUGAUGUUGCUAUUACUCACUUGUCCUAUGGUUCUGAGUUCUCUAAGGCUGUUGAGCAGAAGCAGGUGGCACAACAGGAAGCGGAGAGGUCCAAGUUUAUUGUGAUGAAGGCGGAGCAGGAGAGGAGAGCAGCUAUUAUUAGGGCUGAAGGAGAAAGUGAGUCGGCUAAGCUGAUUUCAGAUGCCACUGCAGCUGCUGGGAUGGGUUUGAUAGAGUUGAGAAGGAUUGAGGCGUCAAGAGAAAUUGCUGCUACAUUGGCGAAGUCACCCAAUGUGGCGUAUCUUCCUGGUGGAAACAACAUGUUACUUGGGCUCAAUCCUUCUUUGACGCCUGGGCGUUGAUCAUGGUAUGUUUGGGGUAUGAGAUUUUCUUCCAAGAUCACCUGCAACAAUUUUCUCCUCAUGGCCGAAGAUAAGAGGAUGCAGAAAAGCAAAAAUAAUUUGGAUUGCAUCAUUUUUGCAAUAUAUUAGAACAUCUGGAAGGAAAGAAAUAGAAGAAUUUUUGAAGACAAAUCUUAGCCAAUGGACAGGAUAUUGGCGGCAAUUAGCAAAUUCGUUGGAGAGUGGGUGCUGAUGCUACCGAAAUUUACACAAGUCUUAAAGGAGGAUCUUGGGGAUAAACUUGAGGAAGUGUUGGGGUUUCAAUUGUGUAAUUUGGAAAAUCUUGUAUGAUUAGUUUAGCAAUUUUCGGUUGUUUUCUUGUAUGUGGUGAUUCCUUAUCACCUAUCAGGAUGUAUCCCUUUUUUUUUCUUUUAAUGAAAUUUCAUUUUUACUAUAAAAAAUCUAACUGUUGCCUCUUGCACCCCACCAAUGUAUAUGUCUACUCUAAUAGACAACUCUGGAUUUUUCUUGAUCAUUUAUUAAUUUGUAGGUUAAGGGUUGGAA